AUAACAAACAAAAACUAUAGUAAAUAAAGAAUAUAAAUUGGGCAAAGGCAAACCCUCCUUUUGUAUUUCAUUUGUUACUGAACUAGCGUACAUUCAGUGGGGCUGAGCUAUGGCAGAGAAAGGAGGAAAAGGGUUUUCUGUUGGCAAGGGAGUGCCCUUGAAAGGAAAGGACGAUGACUCCACUAAAUCAAAGAAGGGAAGAAAAGUACACUUUAAUGAUGAAGAGGCCCCUGCAAACAUUUCAUCAAAAUCUGGAGGAAAGGGUGAAACUCUUAAUGGAGGUAAAGGGGGAAAGAGCUCUGCCGGAAAAGAAACGACAAAGUAUGAACUCAAUGUUCAAGCAGAGCUUCCGAAGAACUCCCGAUGUGUGAUGGAUUGUGAGGCAGCUGAUAUCUUACAAGGAAUCCAGGAGCAGAUGGUUUUUCUGUCUCGUGAUCCAACCAUCAAACUUCCUGUUUCAUUUGACAGGGGAUUACUAUAUGCCAAAGCUGGAGGCCGAUAUUCUGAUCCCAAGGCUGUCAGAAAAGUUCUUGACAGGACUCUCAAGAAGUACGGAGUUUCUGAUGGCGAGAUAUGUGUCAUUGCAAAUAGUUGCCCUGAGAAUGCUGAAGAGGCUUUUGCCCUGGUCCCUUCUCUGAAGGCAAAGAGAAGCAAGAUUAAUGAACGACUGGAAGACGUCCUAUCCCAGCUGGUUAAGUUGAAGUUGUCAACAGAAAGCUUAAAAGAGUAGACAAAAACGGCAGAUGCUGACAUUUAGGAAGUAACAAUGAUACCAGCAUACCACGCCUGGUUUCAGCAUGUUUUGGGUGGCUUUUCUGAAUCUACCGUUUAGCUGGCCUUUGGUAUUUGGUUUAGUUUGUAUAGGUUCGGUUAUGAAAGAACAUUAUCUAGUAUAGACGUCUAUGUUGAUUGAUGCCAAAACAUAAAAACUACAUCUUCAUGUAAAUGACUAUUGUACGAGCUAUGCUCUUGUGAAGCUCUUCCAUUAUUGUUGCUCUUAAGUCUAAUGAUACGGAAGCUGCGAAUCAUGGACAGGGUGAAGAGACGAAACAUAGUAGUUGAAAUAUGUGUUAAUGGUAUAUCACUUCUGAAAA